GGCUUUCCAAGCAAGUUCUCUUCCGCACCUCAAGACCACCGCCGCCAUGCCUCCCAAAAAAGUCAAAGCCGCCCCGGCCGAAGCUGUCUCUCUCGGCCCCCAAGUCGCAGAAGGCGAGCGUGUUUUCGGUGUCGCCCACAUCUUUGCCUCGUUCAACGAUACCUUCGUCCAUGUCACCGAUCUGUCUGGCCAGGAGACCAUCGCUCGUGUUACCGGUGGAAUGAAGGUAAAGGCCGACCGUGACGAGUCCUCCCCCUACGCCGCCAUGUUGGCUGCCCAGGACGUCGCCACGCGUUGCAAGGAAGUCGGCAUCACCGCCCUGCACGUCAAAAUCCGCGCCACCGGCGGAACGGGAACCAAGACCCCUGGGCCCGGUGGACAGAGCGCCCUCCGUGCGCUCGCGCGUGCUGGCAUGGCUAUUGGCCGGAUCGAGGACGUGACCCCCGUCCCCACCGACUGCACCCGCCGCAAGGGCGGUCGCCGUGGUCGCCGUCUCUGAUCGCCACCCUCACCACUUGGCACGGUGCUAUUAUCACUACAUACUGCAUGUAUACUCGUUCUCACCUGCUAUCCAAUGUCGCCGAUUGACGCGCAGUAGCUUCGGCUGCCCCGUGGUCAUCACUUUUCAUGUGGCGUUUCAAUAAGCUGGCCUGUGUGCAAUGCUGCUGUC